AUGAACUUUUCAUAGUUUAAAUUUAUCUCCAAAAGAAAAUAUCCAUGUUAUAUUGAAAGAUUUGAUACUUUAAGAAGAGGAGCCUUAUUACUUAUGCUAAAAGUAUAUGAAAAAUCAUUGGUAUACAAAAGACACAAAGGUCCUUAAAAUGGAAUAAAAAAUGAUCUUAAAAUUAUAGUCUAAAAUCUAAUAUUAAAUUUAGCAGGCUCAACUAACUCAUAAAUGGUUUUUGUGAUUAUACUAAAUAUGGCUUAAAAGUUAAGAAAUAAUGAAUAAAAAUCAAUUAAUUUAUUUUAAUUAGUUCUUUAUUAUAUAAUUUGA